AUGAAAGCCGCAGCUGUCACCCUCGCGUUUUUGGCCGCACCCGCCUUCGCGCUUGCAUCUGGCCGUCCAGGAGAAGGCUUCCGAAUCUUGAGACGUGCAGAAAUCCCGGACGGUACCUGCAUUCAGGUAGUGGGGACUACUCGGUUGAAAUGCGAAAAGGAGCGUAACAAGGGAGGGUCUGAAGAUUGUUAUCUUGUCGGCCAGGAUGCCGGUAUAAAAUGUUUGGUGGACUCCCGCAAAGUUCCAGAGACGAGCGACGCAGUUCAUAUGCAAUGCCAAGCCGAGGCCGUCAAGAGCAGCAAAGUCUGUUAUACCAAGGGCUCCCAAACAAGGUGGAGGCUUUGUUCUAAGGUAGGGGUCAAAGCCUACAAUGACUGCGUGAAAAAGGACAAGGUCACGACGACAUCCGGGCAAAGCCAAAGCCCCGCCAUCUGGGACGAUUUCUGCAGUCAGGCAUAUGAUGAUGCUAUAUCGAAAGCCUUGGCAGACAUGAACGGGUCUUGGACAACCAGGUUUAACCCUUCUGCCGGCCAGGAUGCCAGUUUAGAAUGUUUGGUGAAGUACAGCAAAGUUCCAGAGGCGAGCGGCGCAGUUUAUAUGCAAUGCCGCGCCGAGGCCUUCAAGGGCGCUAGAGACUGUAUUGAAAAGGGAAAAACGCCCUGGAAAAUUUGUUUCAAUGAACAGUCGAAAGCCUACCCUGACUGCGUAAAAAAGAACAAGGUCACGACGACAUCCGGGCAAAGCCAAAGCCCCGCUGUCACCGCCAGCACCGUGGCUAGUACGUCGACGCAAUCUAGUUCAGGAGUAGCUCAGCCGCCCGCCAAAGUGCAAGCUCCUCAGGAUCCUCCUCGGGAUCCUGCCCAGGUUAUAGAAGACAAGCUCUGCAUCCCAAAAAAGGCGCCGAAUGGUUUCGAUGACAUGCAGUCAUGGAAUAAGUGGGGUUUAAAUGAGGGUGCAUGCAGGAGAACUAUUGCGCAGUGUGUUUUUGAAGAACAGAAAAAGAACCCAAAGGUCAAAAACUUUGAUGGUGUUAUCGAGUGCAUGGACAAGAGGCAACGUUCAAAGGACUUCGAUUACGGCUUUUGA